AUGACCACCUCUACGAUCUGUAUUCCUACUACAACUUCUCAUAAUUUUCCGUCGUCGUGUAUAACUACAGUUUCUAUUCCUGAAGAAAGUGAUGAUUCUUCUCUACUGCUCAAUCCAACUUUCAAAAAGAAGAAGAAAGAAUUGAAGAAGAAACGACAGGAUUUACAAGGAAUCAGAGGAAUUGCAAUACUGUCAGUCCUUUGUUUUCAUUUCUUUCCAACAGUUUUCCCGAAUGGAUAUUUGGGAGUUGAUCAGUUCUUCGUACUAUCCGGUUUCUUGAUGUGCAUGUUACUCCAAAGAUCAUCAAAAAGUUUAACCGAGAAGGAGUCAAUCCAACUGGUUUCAAGCCUCAAAUUAACGUUUCAGUUUUAUUACAAACGAUUGAAAAGGAUAUUACCGCUAUAUCUUCUAGUCAUUCUGUUAUCAUUGAUAGCUUUAAUCAGAAUAUUUCCGGAUACUGCUUACGAAACAAAUUUGGAAUCCGGCAGAAAAUCUUUGUUGUUUAUAUCGAACAGGGUUGCAACACAGGAAGAAGAUUAUUUCACAAUGCUGGAUAUCGCUAUUGACAUCUUCACGCAUACAUGGUCCCUCUCUGUUGAAGUUCAGUUCUAUAUCAUUGUUCCGAUUUUGUACUUGUUUGCAUAUAAAUGCUUCAAAGAAAAUUAUCAAGUUCUGUUUUACGGAGUUUUUGGUUUAAUAUCCUAUUGGUACUCCAUAUUUUUAUGCUCUGACAACCAAGCGUUCAAUAGUAUGUUUGCCAGAGUUUGGCAGUUUAUGAUUGGAAUGAUCACAUUCAAAAUAACAGAUUCGAGAAUAUCUCAAUGGAACGAGAAAAAUGGAAUAUUGCAAUCCAGUUUCGUGGGAAAAAUAGAAAACAUGCUAAAAUAUUUGUUGAUUUUUGGCAUGAUCUUGAUAGUGAUGUACUCAAGAGAGCUUCCCGACAAAGUCUUGAGACCAUUUUUCACAAUUGCGACGGGAAUCCUGAUAAUGAUACCUGAAAAUAACAAGAUGUUAUCAUCUCGAAUUCUGACAUAUAUUGGUGAUAUCUCAUAUUCUUUGUAUCUAAUUCACUGGCCAAUGUAUGCUUAUUGGAAACUGGUUAUGAGUAAUAGUGCUUUAUGGAAUUGUCAACUUGGGUUGAUUUUUGUUCUCGCAGUUUUAAUCUCAGUGCUAAGCUAUGAAUGUUACGAAAAAUGGUAUCUCAAGCUAUCUUGGUUCCCAAUGAUUUCAAUCUGUUUUAUUCUGUUUUUCAUAAACGUUCUGGCGCUGAACGAAAAUGAAAUCGAAGACUGGCUAGCCAAUAGACAACCUGGAAACUUCAAAAGACUAGAUGGGUUGAAUGGAAAUAGAACUUAUAAUUUUGGUAGUUUCAGUAGCUCGCGCCGUACAAUGAGAACCUGGUUUACAGAUGAAGCAGAGCAUCUGAACAGCAAAUGGUCAAAAAAAGAUAUUAAAAAUUUAAUACAUGCUACUUGUGAAUACGAAUCGGGACAAGGUCCAUUUGGAUGGUGCAGUCAUAAGAGUCUGAAAGGAAAAUACAAGGUUAUGAUAAUUGGCAACAGCUGGGCUGCAAAUCACGCUCGAAUUAUCUAUGAGGAAUGUGGAUACAAAGCGAAAAGUAUUCUACAAGGAUCUGCGAUCGGAUGUGAUCCGUUAUACGCGUACAACUACGGAGGACAAAGAUGCAAAGAUAAUGUGAAAAUAUUUGAGAAGAGAGUCGCGGCAGAAAAACCAGACUAUGUAUUUCUGUUGUCGAGAUUCAUAGAUAUAUCUGAUAAUGUAAAUGCUACAAAUGUGGAAGAUGAUCCAAUUUACCAAUCCAUGAAAAAUCAGACAGAGAAAAUUAUGAAGCAUGUCAAACACAAAAUGUUCAUUCUGACUUCAAUACCAGAGAUUGAACAUGAAAAUGUUGCAAAAAUAGUGUCAGUUGUGAAAAGUGGGAAGGAUCUAGUGAAAUUUGAUGUAACGAUUUUUUUGAUCUAUCGAAAGACCUUUGUUCACACAUCUCCAGAUUCAGCACGUCGACGGCAUGCCAAGCUUAUCGAAGAAUGUAAAAGAUGUGUUCCAAUAGAUUAUAAACCAUUGUUAUGGAAUACCACAACAGAAACAUGGAGAUAUUAUGAUGUGAAGAAUAGUGGAUUGAGUUACAUGACUCAAAUCGAUCAUUUAACUUAUCAUGGAUUGGAACUUGUUAGACAUCUUUAUACCAGUAUUUGUAGGAAAUUGUAA